CCUGGUUACUUUGUUUCCUCUUCCUGUUUCUGUCAGCUGGGUUUGCUACAACAAAAACUGCCAAAAGGAGACCCGUGUUGUUCUCAUUGAGUUAAGGGAACAAGUCCCCAAAUACGGAAGGAAGAAGCACAGAGAGCUUGAUGGUCAGGAUUGCAGUGACCCAGAAUGGAGGAUUUCAGGAGGUCAUACCUGCGUCUGUGUAAGGAGGGAGGUCUGGAGCCUCAGGAGAGUGUUGUGGCUCAGCUCCAGGACAGCAGUGCUGCUCAGGGCUCCAGACUGGACCUCAGUGGACAGAGUCUGUCUGCAGAUACCUGCUCUGUGCUGGCCAGGGCCUUCCAGAAAGAAACUAUGUUCACAGAGGUGUCUCUCAGUGACUGCAUGCUCAGCGAGGAAGGGGCCAAGAUACUCCUGACUGGAAUGUUUGGCAACACAACAGUAAAAGUCCUCAGUCUAAAGGGCAAUAACCUGAGGUCGACAGGAGCUGAGAUGCUGGGAAAGCUGUUGGCACGUAACAAGACUCUGCGUCGCCUGGUGUUGGAGUGGAAUGCACUGGGGGUGUGGGAUGAAGCUUUCUCGCUCUUCUGUGAUGGUUUGGCCUCCAACACCUCGAUGAAACAGCUGGACCUGCGCAACAACCAGAUCAACCACCACGGAGCGUCUGAGCUCGCUCUGGCACUCAAACGCAACAACACCCUGGAAGUGCUAGAUCUAAGGUGGAACAACAUUGGUCUGCUGGGUGGCAGGUCCCUGCUAGAGGCUCUUCAGAAAAACAAGAGCAUAGUGCAGCUGGAGAUGGCAGGGAACAACAUACCCAGUGAUACACUCAGAGCACUUGAGCAGACUAUAGGACACAACUCAGACACACAGUCCAACCUGAGAGAGAGCCACAGCAGGACCCAGGUCCUCAGCAAAGAGAUUCAAGCCCUGAAGGAGGAGAAGGGCCGACAGUUCCUAAACAUGAUGGACACCAUAGACAGGCAGAGGGAGGAGAUGGGACGCUCCAGCAGGUCAACUUUCCUUCAGAUCGGUCAACUCCAGGAAGCUCUGAAUGAGAGAAAAUCAACCGUCAACUCCCUUACUGCAAAGCUGCAGAUGACAGAAGCCGCCCUCGCCCUCUCUGAGCAGAAAAACCAGAAUAUGGGAGAACUACUGUCUCGAGUGAAGGCUGAGAAAGAAGAACAGAGAGAACGACAGAGCAGAGAGAGGAAGAAAGAGCAAGAGGACGGAGCACUCAGAGAGGGAAAGCUCCUCAGAGAGGUCCAGAACCUGACGGAAACCAAUGGCCAGUUUAGAACAAAAGUGGAGGAGAUGGAGCGCAGGUGUAAGUCUCAGCAGCAGCAGAUCUUCGAGUUGAAGCAGGAGCUGACCAACUGCACAGCUGAAUUCAAGCUCCGACUAACACAGGCAGAAGACCGUCUGGAGAUAGAGAAGCGUAGGUCCAAGCAAGCUCUGGAGGACAUGGACAGUCUCCGGCAGAAAGAGGUGGAUCAUGUUAAUCGGCAUCUCGAGGAGAGCGAGAGAGUCCUGCAAGACCGCAUCUUCAAACUGGAGGGACAGCGGAUACAACUGGAGGAGGAGCUGAGUAAAGCUAAAGCAGCAUGUGUGACAGAGAGGGCCCAGGCCGAGGAGGAGCUGGGAAGAGUGCGAGCUCAAGUGCGCCUGGAGGAGCAGGAGCAUGUGUCCACCUUGGAGGAGAAGCUCCGCUCGGUGCGUUCCUCCAUGCAGGAGGUCCAGCUGCACUGCUCCCAGCAGAAACAGACCAUCUCGGAGCUGCAGGCCAAACACAGCCAGCAGAGCAUCGAGAUGGACGGUCUGCGGCGCAGGAUUGAGGAGCUCCAGCAGGAGCUGUCGGGGAAAGACCAGGAGAAGGUGGCCGAGGUGAGCCGGGUGAGGGUGGAGUUGCAGGAGCAGAUCGGACAUUUACAGGCGGAGAGGACAGCGCAGGGAGGACUGAAAGAGAAGAUCAAUGCUCUGGAGAGAGAGCUUAAAGUACUGAGCAGUAACCACAGAGAGGCGCUCCUUGACAAAGACAGUGAGAUGUCUUCCGUGCUGGAGAAGCUGCGACUGAAAGAGGCAGAGAUCCAGAGGAUGAGGGAGGAUGAGGCCAACAGAGCCAGCUACCUGCAGAGUGCAAUCCUCACCUACGUUCAGGGCUCCCCUCUGGGACACUACAGCGGCCCCAAGAAAUGACCACGAUACCUCAUCCUCCAGUCAGCAGCACCGUCUGGGCUCCCAGGACUCCUGCACAGGCCAGGAUAAUGUACUGGCAGAACAUGUCAUGAUUUCAUGAACUGGAAGAGUGUAGAACAAACAGAAACACCUGGAGUGUAAGAGCAGUAUAAUGGAGCAGACAAUCAGCGCUCAGCAAUAUGGCCAUGAGCAAUAAUCACACCUAACACCAGGUCACAUCGAGCAGGUCCAGUCAAGAACUGAACGUUUAAAAAUUCUGCUUUUUUAGUUGGAUCUCUGCCCUGACAUGCUGCAUUUUUUUUAUUGCUACAUUGCCUAAACACGGCUUUUGUCCCAACACAGGAACUUAGGUAACAGUAAGAAGUACGGAAUUUUACAAGUAGCUUAAUCAGGUUUCAAGCAACUUUGUACCCGUAAAGAUGUUCGGUCAAAAUAUAUUAAACAUUUACCAGAA